AUUAGUGCCUUAAUUACGAAAUAAAUUAAAAAUUAAAGAUCCCCUCCAUGUUCCAUUUUCCCACCGUUCCAUUUCGACGCUAACUCAUCGACUCUAACUUGACGGACAUGAGAAAUUGAAUUUUCUGCGAAACGGCCACACCAUUGCAUCCCCCUGAAAAGUGACACUGUGUGAAAAAAAGAAACGAAGUUUUAGCAUUCAUUUCCGCUGCCUAGCAUCUGGAAAAAAGCUCAAAAUGCAUUUAAAAGGGCCGUGCAAGUAGAGGGCCGCUGUUCUACUACCCUAAAUAACAGACACUCGAGCCCCCACGCCGUCGCCGCCGUCGUCGAGUGUCAACAGCUGCGCUGGCUGGCCGCAGUCAAAAUGUCGGACAUUAACGAUGACCUGCUCAAUUACGAGCUGGGAGACGACAUCGACGACCAGACCCUGCUCGGCGCCGACGAGGAUGAGUUGCUACUCUCGGACGAAGAGCUCGAAAAGGAUGUCACCAACGAGGUCAAGCAGCAGAUGCGCGCUGAGGCCGAGGAGUGGGCCCAAGAGCAGAUACGCCAGCAUGAACGCAAGCACAAGGAACAGCUGCAGGCUGGUCGCGAAACAGUAGGAACAUCAGGUUCAGUUUCCGCUUCAGCUCCAUCAACGGCAGCACCAUCAACGGAAGCCGCUCCCGCGGACCCAGAACCCUAUACUCCAGCCCCGGCUCCUGCGGCGGCUACCAGUGCUGCUGCUGCUCCUGCUCCCGCCUACACUCCCGCUCCCGUUGCGGCCAGCAGCAUUCCGCCCAGCUUCGAGAAAACUCCAGAUAGUGUUGUGGCGGCGCCCACAGUCACCUCGGAGGAGGAGAAGGUAGCGGAGAAGCCAGUCACUGUUAAUCCCAGCACUAGCGGCGCCAAAACAGACUCAGAGAUCCAGCCGCCGCAAGCUGAGGAAGCCCCGCCGGCACAUAAACAAGAGGAACAAGAGGCGGCUGUGCCGAAUGCAAACAAUGGGGGCGAAGAGGCAGCUGCCCAGGAGGAGACAGGCCUGUCUUCGUUGCUGGCCUCCUCGCAGGAGAGCCUACCCAGCGUCAGCUCCGCCUCGGUGGUCUCAGAGCUGCCCGAUCCGCGCGAGGACGAGGAGGAGCGCGAGGAGCGUACUAACUACAAGACGGCCAGCGAGCGUGCCGAAAGCAAUAUGCGACACCAUCAGGACCACAACCACAUGUCGCCCUACCAGCAGCACCAGCAACAGAGGCGACACCACGGUCAUUCAGACAAACAACGCGGUAGCGGCGGCGGAGGUGGAGGCGGGCGCUACAUGCAGAAUCAGAAUCAGAUGGGUAAACCGCCACGCGGGAUCGGGACACGGCACCAUCUGCUGCGCAAUCCCUCGCCCAUGUUCAGUGUCCAGCAGCAGCAGCAACAGCAGCAACGUAUGGGCAUGGCCGGAAUGCAGCCGCCACCUCAGCGUUACGGCAUGCCGGGCCAGUACCCGCCAACUCAGCCACCCAACCAGUCACCACAACAGGCACCGACCAACACACAACAGCCACACAGCGCUCCCGCCAAUCCCCUCCACAAUCCCUCGCAUUCGCACAUGAUGCACCACAGUCACAGUCACGGUCAUAAUCCAAACGGAGCCGGACCGCCACAUCUGUUGCCGCAUCCGCACGAGCAGGUGCGUGUGGGCCUGCUGCAGCCACCGCCGAUGGGCUAUGCCCCAAAUCCUGGAGGUGGUGGCGGUGGCGGAGGCUACCGCAAUGGAGCGCUAUUGGGUCCAGGACCUGGACCUGGACCUGGGCCUGGGCCUGGGCCGCAUCAACUUCAACAAUCGCAGGCGGGGAUGCGACCGCCACUGUACCGCAACGCACCGCCCUAUGGCUACGACCAGGGCCAUCCGCCCCAGCAUCCGCCGCAGUUUAUGCGUCCCCACAACGGCUGGCGUCCGCAGGGCGACACAGCCCGCAUGCCACGACCUCCUUUGCAGACCCUGCCGCCGCACAUGAUGCCCGGUGCCCCGCCCAACUACGCCAAUGGCAUGGGAAUGCGAGGUCCGCCGCCACCGCAGCAGCAACAGCAGCCACCGUCGCAGCAACAGCCACUGCCACCGCUGCAGCAACAGCAGCCGCCGGGGCAUCCAUCGCAGCAACCACAAGUUGGUGGCAAUCCAGGACCGCAGCAGCAGCCACCGCCUAAUGGACCACCGCCGCCGCCUCUGCAGCAGCAGCAGCAGCAGAGCUCCUCGUCUGUGCCGCGCGUCAGCAAGGUGCUCAUCAAUCCGAAUUUCAAGGGCGGCGUAGAGGCGGCCACCAACAAGUUCAUCAAGGAGACACACUUCAUGCCGGCCAUCAACAGUGAGGCGGAGCUGCUCCGCCAGCAGGAGGAGUUUAUCAAUAAAAAUCUGCAAUACUUCGAAAAGAGGCGAAUGGAGCGCUCACCUCCGCCGGCUGGCUCAGGGUCGGGAUCGGGCGCCGCUUCCGGCCUUUCGGGCGAACGUCGACGGGGCACACGCAGCCGUAGCCGUUCCCGUGGACGCAGCUACUCGCCGGUGAAGCGCACGGAAAGGGAAAGGGAACGCGAACGAGAGCGGGAGCGUGAGAGAGAGAGGGAACGGGAGCGUGAUCGGGAACGUGACCGUGAGCGAUAUGGCGGCGUAGCCGGAAGGACUGCAGGAGGGCGAGGCUUCCGACGAGCAUCUAGCCGCGACAGGGACGAGAAUCGUGGUGGCGGCACCACCACAGGUCAGGGAGCAGGCGGUGGUGCAGCUUCCGCCGGUGCUGUCGCAGCCAAGCGACGACGCAGUGGUUCCCCGGGCUCUGCUACCGGCAAUCGGAAUCCAUUCUCCGGUGAGCCACGCGGCCGCACCUCUGACACGGGCAGCCGUAAUGCGCCAAGCGAUGAGGAUGAGGAGACGCGCAACUACCGCCUGGAGAUUGAAAAGCAGAAGCAAUUGCGAGAAAAGAUCAUGCGGGACAAGGAGCUAAAGCGUAGGCGUGCAGCUGAGGAGAAACUCCAUGAGGAAAAACGCGCCGAACAGCACAAUUCACCAGCUGAGGGUGACCAAGAAUCGAUAGCAGCAGCUGCCACUUCCGUUGCCGGUCAAGGAUCAGCAGCAGUGCCAGCAGGAGCAGCAGUAGCAGCAGCUAUGCGGCACGAGCGCAAAGUCAUCUCCCUAAAGCGUCGCGAUGACCAGGAGACGGGUAGCGGUGGUCGCAACAGACAAGCGCCAUCGCAGGCGCAGCAGCAGCAGCUGCAGCCGACACGUAAGCAAGUAACUGCGGCGAAAAUUGCGCCAGAGGCGAAACGGAGUAUAACGGAGCACCUGGCUCCCUCCUCCAAGCAGCAACAGCAUCAUCAUCAACAUCAUCACCAUCAUCAGCAGCAGCAGCAGCAGCAGCAACCGCAGCAGCAGCCGGCAAGAGCAAUUACGGCUACUGCUGGAGUCGGAGGAGGAGGAAGCGGAGGAGCUGGAGGUGUGGCUGUAACUGUGACCGCUUCUGCUUCUGGUGGAACUCCGCCAAAGUCACGGGAUAUGCUGCGCCUGGGCACGCCCAGUGACGACGAGGUGGAACUGGAUUACGAUGACGAUGACCUGCUGCUGGACGAGGAGGACCGUCUGUUGGCCACGCCAUCACCGCCACCGCAAAAGACAAGCAGCAAGCGAUCGGCAACGCCGGAGCUGUUGGUGGUGAAGCGCAACCACAAGAUGGUGCGCGGUGGAACCUCGGCGGCGUCAGCGGCCAGCUUUGGCUCUGGCCAGAGGCGGGUGGUGCUAAAGCCCACUAGUAAUGGCAGCGGGGAUCAGCAGCAGUCGUCGCACGGCGGCAGGCAGCGUGAAAGGAGACAGCGGGAGCAGGAUCAUGGACAGCAGAGGAAGAGCAGCGGUGGAGGCAGCAGUUCGGGUGGAGGAGGAGGAGGCAUCUUUGAUCGGCUAGAGAAACGUCAGGCAUCGUCUGGAGGAGGAGGAGGAGGAGGCGGAGGCGGAGGCGGCGGGAGUAGCCACAAGCAGCGCUCCAAGGCGCCCGCCCGCAUCGUACUCAAGCACGAUUGAUGGGAUAAUAAGUAGAAGCGCGAUAAGGAGGAUAGUUUAAAAUGUGAAUCAUGAACUAUAUAGUGUAAUGUUUUUUUUUUGUAACAGAUUAGAAAUCGGAUAGUUGUAUCUCCUCCAUCAAUAUUAUGGAUAGGAGAUGUUAAGCCCAAAGUUGAAGGAACCUUAGCUUUAAGGUAUAAAGUUGUAGCAUUGUGAACAUAACGUCUAUAUACACACACAUAUAUAUAAACUAUUGAUUGGUGAGUACUCUAUGGUGACACACAUUAUAUAAUAACCAUUCGGGCUAGUAAUUGUACAAAGAUAUAUCCUAUCAAUGACUUUGACUAAAACGUGCUUCGUUUUCUUAGCCACAGAUUGUAUUUAAACGUAGACUUAAGUGGGAUGCUUAAAGCUUGACCUGGACACAGAUACAACCAACCAUAGCAGCAAACAAAAGUGCAAAUAUCUGCAUGUUUAAAAUAUAUAUAAGUAUAAAAAAUAAUGGUAAUAAUACAACUAAUAGUAGGAAUAAAUAUUUUAUAGACUUGCAUCGAUUGUAUAAAUCCUUCAACUUAUUAUUGUUAAGCAAGUCUCUUCUACUGAUCCUGAGGUAGAAGGAAGGCAAUAGCAAUUAAAGGUUCUAUUUGUGGAAUUUUUGAUAACAAUUAUAUUAAAACUGACCCAAAUAUUAUGUAUUUUUUAAACUGUGACCCGUUUUAUUGUUCUCUUUUUACAAAUUAUAAUUACGUUUAACCACAAAAAACUGUUUGCUUUAACACGAAAAAUAAUAAUCUUGAAAUAUUGUGGCAUAAAUAUAUAUACAUACAUAUGUGCACACACACAGAACGCAAUACCAUAAAGGCCUGAACAAAAGCAUAGACGUAAAACGGAAACGGAAAUGACGACGGUACCAAUAUUUUAGGGAUAUACCCAAUGGAAGGCAGAGAGAUCACACAAAAUCAGGGCCACAUCAGACACAAAUAAUGAGAGAUAAAAUCUAGUGAAUUAAGUAAUUGUAUAUACAAAAAAAAUAUUUGCCUAGGAACACACAUUAAGUAAAUUGUAAAGCCCAUAAAUGUAUACCCACAAAAGCCAUAACUCACUCUCACUCACACCGAAAGAUACCUAGGCUAAGAAGAUUGUUCAUUAUAACCAUUUUUACCCGAUUCCUCGAAAGAUUAUUUAUACUAUGUACUCUGAGAGGAGUAGUAACAAUUUAGUGAUAAGCUCAGUAAUAUAUUAAUGAGUCAAAAUUACAAUUAUACAGAAAUAUUAGUUUGCAAUAAGCAAUGUAGACAAAUAACUAAGAGGGGGUGACAAGCAAGCAGCCCAAGCAAGUCCAUACACGAGAGCUUGUCGUGAACAAUUCUGACAUUGUAACACACAUUUAUAUAUAUUUAUCUGACAACAUAAAACAUGAUAUAUAUAUACUAUAUUAUAUUGUGAAGAAGAGGUCCUGCAACGCCUAUUAAUAAGCUGUGUAACUUGUAGUGGGUCGCAAACUAAAGCUAGAACAAGAUUCAAGAUAAGCCUAAGGAGAAUCAAAUGGAAGCGCAUAAAAGAAAAACAGCAACAGUCGUAUUUCGUAUAACUUUAGUAAUCGUAAUGCUACAAUACACAAUAUAUGAUAAUAUAUAAUAAUAAUAAUAAUAAUAAUAAUAAUAAUAAUAAUAAUAAUAUAUGGACUAAUAAAAUACAAUUCUAUUACAUGCAUAGCUAGCAGCAUGGAACGGCAUAACUGUACAACAA